CCAAGGAAGCUUCGCAUCACCACCCACAGCACUUGGAAUUUCUCCUCAGUCCCUAUUCACUCUCUAUCAUCACAAGUUGUGCAAAGACAAUGGCUUUCACAAGCUCUCCGAAGCCCAAGAGCGAUGCGUCCAGGCUCCGGGCCGUCAGGGACGCCGCGCUCACGUCUCUAGGGAACCUUAUCAAGCUCCUCCCGACGGGGACGGCCUUCGCGUUCCAGUUCCUCAACCCCACCCGGACCAACAACGGCCGCUGCCCCACCCGCAACGAGUACCUCAGCGGCCUCCUGAUCGGCACGUGUGCCUUCUCAUGCGCCAUCUCUAGCUUCACCGACAGCUACACCGGCUCUGAUGGUCUGACCCACUAUGGCAUCGCCACGCCUAAGGGGCUGUGGCCCUCGCCGGCCUCUGAAUUGAUCGACCUGUCCAAGUACAAGCUCCGGUUCCAGGACUUUGUGCACGCGCUGCUCUCGACCGUGGUUUUCGCGGUGGUGGCCCUGCUGGACCCGAACACCUUGGAGUGCUUCUACCCGUUGUUCGAGAAGGAGGAGAAGGUGCUGCUCAAGCUUCUGCCUCCGGUGAUCGGCGCGAUUUGUAGCGUGGUUUUCGUCGUCUUCCCUAGCAAGAGGCACGGGAUUGGGUAUCCUUUUUCUUGUGAGGAGUCCAAUGAUCGAAGUGCUUCCAAGGAGGUGGAAUGAUGUAAAAGGGAAGAU